CACACCUGUUCACGUUGCUCAACAUUGCAUCACCUUCACUUCGCUCACGAUCUUCCUAAGAGUCCUCGAGCCGCCCAAUUUCUUCCAGCCACCAGCCGUCGUCGCCUCUACCGCGCUCCUUACAGCACUCACUCUACAUACACAUCAUGGCACAACGCAUACUGAUGAACGAGUUCAAGACUCUGAGCAAAGAGCCGUGGACAAACAUCGAGCUCAUUCACGAGAACAUCCUCGAAUGGAGCGUGGCCCUCAUUCCGCUGAACUCCGACUCCCCAUACUAUGGCGGAUACUACAAAGCGAAGAUGACCUUUCCCUCAAACUACCCAUACAGUCCACCAGACUUCAAGUUUAUCCGGCCGCUCUACCACCCCAAUAUCUACGCUGACGGCCGCCUUUGCAUAUCGAUAUUACAUGCUCCGGGCGAGGAUGAGAUGUCUGGGGAGAGCGCUGCAGAGCGAUGGUCGCCGGCCCAGCGUGUCGAGAGCGUCCUUAUCUCCAUCCUAUCGCUCCUCGACGAUGCCGAAGUCUCUUCUCCUGCGAAUGUCGAUGCUGGUGUCAUGCUCCGAAAAGAUCCGGCUGCGUAUAAGAAGCAGGUAGCAAGAGACGUCGAGAAGAGUAAGGAAGACAUUCCGUCGGGCUUCGUUAUGCCUACGUCUGAGACUGCCUUUGCCAAGCGCGAUACGUUUGAUGACGACUACACCAUGAGCUGGGAAGAUAGCGAUGCGGAAAGCUUCGGCGGGAGUGACUCGGACGAGGACUUCGACAUGGGCGAUGACGAUGAGGACCGAGAAGACGACUCAGGCUCAGAAGGAGAGGAGAACGAUGAUAUAGCGUGAUGAGAGCUGUCUUCCCUUUGUGCAUCACCUAGAUUUCCUCUCUUGGAGCGCAGGCUUGUUCUUGGACAUGGUCUCAGUUUCCUUG